UUCGAUUACUUUUGACUGUGUAUAGAUUUUCUCUUUGGCCACUGCGGUGUUGUUGUGCUGCUUAAAAACACCGAAUCAUGUCCGUCAGACAGUCGUUAAAUGUAUGCCUUUAAUGAAAAUUAAGGCGUUCAAACGUUGAGUUCUGGUAAAGUUUACGGACCGGUGAGCUCUGUGAGCGUGUGGCCGGUGUGUGAGCGCAGCUCGGCGGACUGUUUUUGCGCUCAAUUCGGGGCCUUGUUGCAAAACCAGCCGCUGUCACGGGCUCACACGACCGUCCGGUUUCCCCCCCUUCGUUUCGUUUUUAAAUGUUCCAGGUUCAGCGGCUUGUGCUUCACACCAAGUGUUUUCCUGCGGGACGAUGGACACUGACAAGUUUAACUAUGUCUACAGCUGUGACCUGGACAUUAACGUUCAACUUAAGAUAGGCAGUUUGGAAGGAAAGCGGGAGCAGAAAAGCUACAAAGCGCUGCUCGAAGACCCAAUGCUGCGGUUCUCUGGACUUUACCAGGAGAACUGCUCCGACCUCUAUGUCACCUGUCAGGUGUUUGCUGAUGGAAAACCUCUGGCUUUGCCUGUCCGCACCUCGUACAAGGCAUUCAGCACACGGUGGAACUGGAACGAGUGGCUGCGGCUGCCAGUCAAAUACCCAGAUCUUCCUCAAAGUGCCCAGGUCGCUCUCACGGUGUGGGACAUCUACGGACCAGGGACGGCCGUACCUGUGGGAGGCACCACCGUCUCUCUGUUUGGUAAAUAUGGAAUGUUCAGACAAGGGAUGCAUGACCUGAAAGUGUGGCCAGGCGUGGAGGGCGAUGGUGGGGACCCCACCACCACACCGGGUCGUACCAGUAGUAGCCUGACAGAGGACCAGAUGGGCCGGCUCGCCAAGGGCCCUGACCUGAAGGUACUCUGUGAUCUGACGAAGGCCCAUCGGCAGGGACACAUGGUGAAGGUGGACUGGCUGGACCGGCUGACCUUCAGAGAGAUCGAAAUGAUCAACGAGAGUGAGAAACGUAGCUCUAACUUCAUGUACCUCAUGGUGGAGUUCCCACGUGUCAAAACCAACGACAGAGAUUACAGCAUCGUUUACUAUGAAAAGGACGGAGAUGACGCCUCACCAGUUCUGACCAGCUGUGAGAUCGUCAAAGUUCCUGACCCUCAGAUGGGAAUGGAGAACCUGGUUGAAAGCAAGCACCACAAACUGGCCCGUAGUCUCCGCAGUGGACCAUCAGAUCAUGACCUGAAGCCCAACGCUGCCACCCGUGACCAGCUCAAUAUCAUCGUCAGUUACCCUCCAACCAAACAGCUGAGCUCCGAGGAGCAGGACCUGGUGUGGAAGUUCAGAUACUACCUCACCACACAGGAGAAGGCUUUAACAAAGUUCCUCAAGUGUGUGAACUGGGAUCUGCCCCAGGAGGCCAAACAGGCGCUGGAGCUGCUGGGGAAGUGGAGGCCUAUGGAUGUAGAGGACUCCCUGGAGUUGCUGUCGUCCCAGUUCACCAACCCUACAGUCAGACGAUACGCUGUUGCGCGGCUGCAGCAAGCGGACGAUGAGGACCUGCUGAUGUAUCUUCUCCAGCUGGUUCAGGCUCUCAAAUAUGAAAACUUCAGCGAGAUCCAAGGAGGCCUGGAGCCAGGGAGCAAGAGACACAGCCAGGGACUUUCAGAUGACUCGGCACUGGACAGCUCCCAGAUUCUUUCCACCACAUCUGUUUCCUCCACUGCACCGCAGAAAGGAAAGGACGGAGCUGACAGCGAGAGUCUGGAGCAGGACCUGUGCACGUUCCUCAUCUCCAGAGCUUGUAAGAACUCCACCCUCGCCAACUACCUGUACUGGUAUGUCAUCGUGGAGUGUGAGGAUCAGGACACGCAGCAGCGCGACCCCAAAACCCACGAGAUGUAUCUGAACGUGAUGAGGAGGUUCAGUCAGGCUCUACUGAAGGGAGAUAAGAGUGUGAGAGUGAUGCGCUCGCUGUUGGCCGCCCAGCAGACGUUCGUAGACAAACUGGUGCAGCUGAUGAAGGCUGUGCAGAGAGAGAGUGGGAAUCGCAAAAAGAAGGCAGAGCGUUUGCAGGCUCUGCUGGCCGACAACGAGAAGGUGAACCUUUCAGAGAUCGAACCGAUUCCUCUUCCUCUGGAACCUCAGAUCAGGAUCAGAGGCAUCGUCCCUGAAACAGCAACACUCUUCAAGAGUGCACUGAUGCCAGCCAAGCUCAUCUUUAAGACUGAUGACGGAGCCAUGUAUCCAGUCAUUUUCAAACAUGGAGAUGACCUGAGGCAGGACCAGCUCAUCCUGCAGAUCAUCUCACUCAUGGACAAACUUCUGAGAAAAGAAAAUCUUGACCUGAAGUUGACUCCAUACAAGGUUUUGGCGACGAGCACUAAGCACGGUUUCAUGCAGUUUGUUCAGUCUGUUCCCGUUGCCGAAGUCCUGGCAACUGAAGUCAACAUCCAGAGUUUCUUCAGGAAACACGCUCCCAGUGAGAAGGGUCCGUACGGCAUCAGCUCCGAGGUGAUGGACACCUACGUCAAGAGCUGUGCUGGUUACUGUGUCAUCACCUACAUCCUGGGCGUAGGAGACAGACAUCUGGACAAUCUGCUGCUGACAAAGACAGGGAAGCUCUUCCACAUCGACUUCGGCUACAUCUUGGGUCGAGACCCCAAACCACUGCCUCCACCUAUGAAGCUGAGUAAGGAGAUGGUGGAGGGGAUGGGAGGCAUGCAGAGCGAGCAGUACCAGGAGUUCAGGAAGCAGUGCUACACCGCCUUCCUACACCUGCGCAGAUACUCCAACUUGAUCUUGAAUCUGUUCUCUCUCAUGGUGGACGCCAACAUCCCUGACAUUGCCCUGGAGCCUGACAAGACUGUUAAAAAGGUGCAGGAUAAGUUUCGAUUGGACCUGUCAGAUGAGGAGGCUGUUCAUUACAUGCAGGGUCUGAUAGACGAGAGCGUGGGAGCGCUGUUUGCUGCGGUGGUCGAGCAGAUACACAAGUUUGCACAGUACUGGCGUAGAUGAGAAGACUCUGGUCGACCAGGACACAGGGGCUCCUGAAGGUUGGUGGCAGCAACAGAGAGCUGACCCCACAGCUCAGACCUGACCCCACGCAAUGAGCGAGUGACUGAAGUGAAGAAACUCAACAACACUGUUAAAGAGGCCAAUAAUGCACUGCCAACUUUGACUGCAGGGUGGCGAUAGCAGGGACGAGCUGAGCCCUGUCUGCUGAUGUAUAUAUGAUGUAUAUUAACUAUUGAAUGGAUGGAAGCCUACGGCCAAAUAAAGGAGUGAUGAUACCACA